AUGUCGCGGCCUCCCUCGGCGCUCUUCACCGCAUUGAGGAAACAAGAGCAAAUUGAAUCGAGGUGGAUGGAUGUUGCUCCUUGCUCCGGUCGAAGGGAGCUGAGUCGUGGUUGUAAGACGCCACCUUCGAAAGCGGCUCCCUUCGAUGAUUAUCACGUUACUCAAGUAGAGUCUGUUGACCCCCGCGAUCGCGAUCGCGAUUCACGUUUCCGGAUUCCCCCCCGCGGGACGCACGCGCGUGCGUCGCGGCACGCAAACCGGCACCUAACGUCAGACCGCGUGCGGUCAGGCCCCGUGCAAGCCGGGUCCAGGUCGAAACGUCGCACGACGGGCCGGCGAACGACUCGCGGGCCAGCUGUGGCUCUCUCUCCCCUGAAUCCAGGGCCCGUUCCCCGCGAACGGACCCAUUUUGCCUCGGAUACCUGCCACCAGGUGGCUCCACCAGCAGUACCCAGCAGCGGCGGGCAGGGGCAGUCUUCGGGGCGCCUUCGCACCGCCAGCAUCGCGCGCGCGUAUCCUCUUUGCCUCGUUACCGUCGUACGUUCGAAUACCCCCGUGUCGGAAGAUCAUCGCCGGGAACAUGUGACGCGCGCUCGAGAUCUCGUCACGAGUGUUUCGCACCGGAAGGGACACCGGCACGUGUGGUUCGACGGUUGCGACAGCCAUCAAGAUCAGUCUGGAGCCAUCGGGUCGAGAAUCGCCGAUCGCCCUGCCAAUGAUACCGGCGGGACACGAGAGGCUAAUCCGGGACGACUCGAACGACGGUGGAGGAUGCAGCAGCAGCAGCAACGGGAAGAGGAGCGGCAGCAGCAGGAACAGGAGCAACAGAGACUCGUAAUGGUACCGUCGUCAUCGACCUCGUCCCCGUCGUCGUCCUCGUCGGCCACGCUCGCGACGGAUCCCCGCGAGGCCGACGAGCACGUCGCCGAGAUCGACGGCCUCGCGACGGGCUGCUCCGAGCUGCCGAAUUUCGCGCUCCAGAGCGUCGCCCUGCGUCUCCAGAGCGUCGCCCUCCUUUCCGCGCUGCAACGCGCGGCUCUCCUGCCACCUGGACACGCCGCCGCGGCCGCCCUGAACCUGCAGGCGUUGGAGACGUACCUGACUCUUCAUCGUCUUCACGCGAGCGGCGCGACUUCCGGCGUCGCGGCUUCCGCGCCGGCGGCGACCGGUCAGAGGUGCUCGUCGUCGUCGAGUAUCUUGACCUCGAGUAUCUCGACGACGACGACGACGACCGUCAAGGACGAGGCGCCGACGGUGGAUCAGCUGCUCCGCGCGGCCGAGGACGACGAGGCGCGACUCGAGUUUGUGACCGACGAUAAUCUGGCGCUGGCCCUGCUGUCCCCGGAAUUCCUGUCGAGCGAAACAUCCGGGACGAGCGGCUCUCCGUCCGGCCACCACGAGCUGCUCCUGCGACGAAUAUCCGAGGGGAAUAAUCGCGCGAGCGCGUCGUCGACGACGUCGUCGGCGGCGUCGACCUCGCGAGUCUCGUCCACGGCCGUCCCGCCGUCGUCCUCAUCGGCCUCCUCGGCCUGCUCCUCGUCGUCCUCGUCUUCGUCUUCCUCAUCAUCCGCGCAACACGCCUCGAUCGCGGUGGACUCGAGUGUACCAAGGACUUGCCGGACGUCCAGGCCCAAGAAACAGUUUAUUUGUAGGUUCUGCAGCCGACAGUUCACCAAGAGCUACAACCUGCUGAUCCACGAGAGGACGCACACCGACGAGCGCCCGUACUCGUGCGACAUAUGCGGCAAAGCCUUCCGACGGCAGGACCAUCUCAGAGAUCACAGGUAUAUUCACAGCAAAGAGAAACCGUUCAAGUGCACCGAGUGCGGCAAGGGAUUCUGUCAGAGCAGGACGCUGGCUGUCCACAAGAUUUUGCACAUGGAGGAAUCGCCGCACAAGUGCCCCGUCUGCGCCAGGAGCUUCAAUCAGAGGAGCAACCUCAAGACCCAUCUUCUCACGCAUACGGACAUUAAGCCGUAUCAUUGCGCCUCCUGCGGCAAGGUCUUUCGCAGGAACUGCGACCUGAGGAGACACUCGUUGACCCACAAUCUCGGGGUGCCGUCGUCGCCGCCAUCGGAUAUACCCACCGUUUCCGGUUCGAGCACCAUCGUCCUCCAGGAGACGUCUUAGUGUCCGACUCUUUUUUUUUUUUUUUAUUCUUCUCGAAUGACUCGAGACGACCGUCCAUGGCACGCUUCCUUCCAACGGAUCGAUAUUGAGAUUAUAAUUGUAAGGUCGCCGCAAUGAUUCGAUUUCGAUCUCUUCUAUUGGCGAGUUUCGCUCUGUAUCUACCUGCCUUGUACUUAUCUAUCAUCGUUAACGUUUAGAGCGUAAUCAUUGUUAUGUACAUCACGAUAAGUGGUAUAUCGUAUACGGAGAUUUACGUGCACGUUUAGAUCUGUAAUUGUUCUAUGUUAUGCGAUACUCUUUGAUAAUAACGUAUAGAGGAAUGCCUCUCUUUCUUCAACUGUGUACCUACCGUACUUACGUGUCCGUUGUGUUCUGUCUGUACGUGUGUGUAAAAUAAACAUU